AUGAGGGGUUUGGUGCGCAGCGGUCUUUGGAGCACCGCCUUUGUCAUCUCCUUCACCUCCGUCCUCUCGUUAUUAUCAAAUUCGCUUCAAAGUAGCGAGAUCGGGUACGACAUCCCGGAUACCGCCACGCUCAACGUGAAUCCGAUAGUGAGCCCUUCGUUACAAGAUGUGAAUCUUCAGCCGCGACCGGCGGGCUUGCAACGCAGUAGCGUGUCAGCUUCAAGCGGGGAUGCUUUUCUGAGAUCGGAUCUGCACUCAGCAAGCAAUGUGCGGACGCAGGAGGAGUUUUCACAGCAGUUUCCUUCUGAGAACUCCCAGGGUCCGAAGCCGCGAAUCACUGGAAAAUCUGAAGAUCCGCAGCCGUUGAUUCCUGGGAAUGCGCAAGAUCCAACGCAGAGGCUGCUUCACGGGAUCGAUGUGGUCGAGAUGGAGGCUGAGGAAGAUGAGACAAUCGUAAAGAGGGAAUCCAUGGAAGAUGGAAUCAGGAAAGAGGUAGCAGCAUCUGACCGGAGGUCUCUUUCAUCAACUUCGUAUUUAUCCGGAAAUUCGAAUUUCGGGGAGGGGAACGUGAAUGUUCUACAAUCGAAUGUUCCCGUAGCGGAGAAUUUGGUGUCCGACAGGAGAAUAUGCGGAGAGGGGCCGUUGAAGGUGUUUGUGUACGAUCUGCAUCAGAAGUUCAAUUUCGGGCUGUUUCGACAUAAGGAGCUCGAGAGCUUGCCUUUUAGCGCUGAUGAAGCUCCUCAGCUGCGGUAUCAGCGGAAGGCGAAUGGAGGGGUGUCCGGACGAGGUUUCGAACACAGCGGCGAAUAUUUCAUCGUCUUCAACCUACUGGCAAACAACCAUACUGACAGCAGCAAGAGCAACGGCGACAUUAUAAGAGUAACGGAUCCCGCUGCAGCGGAUGUGUUCUUCGUGCCCUUCCUGGCGUCGCUCAGCUUCAACAUCUUCACCACCAAUGGCAUGCGAGGCGCGCUGGCGGAAAAAGACAAGAUCCUCCAGGAGGAGCUGUGGAGCGUGCUCAAGGAGUCCCCAUGGUGGCAGCGGUCGGGCGGCAGGGAUCACAUCAUCCCCAUGCUGCAGCCCAAUGCUCUUCGCCACAUUCGCCAGCGCCUCGCCCCGGCCAUGUUCCUGCUGCUCGACUUCGGCCGACAAAGUCAGAAGUGUGUUCUGCUGAGUCACUCGGGAGGCAGGGAUCACAUCAUCCCCAUGCUGCAGCCCAACGCGCUUCGCCACAUUCGCCAGCGCCUCGCCCCGGCCAUGUUCCUGCUGCUCGACCUCGGCCGGUGCGUCCCUUUACUGUCUCCUCCUUCAAGUCUCACUGGGUCGUUCCCUUGGGUCAGACAAAGUCAGAAGUGUGUUCUGCUGAGUCACUCGGGAGGCAGGGAUCACAUCAUCCCCAUGCUGCAGCCCAACGCCCUUCGCCACAUCCGCCAGCGCCUCGCUCCGGCCAUGUUCCUGCUGCUCGACUUCGGCCGGUGCGUCCCUUUACUGUCUCCUCCUUCAAGUCUCACUGGGUCGUUCCCUUGGGUCAGACAAAGUCAGAAGUGUGUUCUGCUGAGUCACUCGGGAGGCAGGGAUCACAUCAUCCCCAUGCUGCAGCCCAACGCGCUUCGCCACAUUCGCCAGCGCCUCGCCCCGGCCAUGUUCCUGCUGCUCGACUUCGGCCGGUGCGUCCCUUUACUGUCUCCUCCUUCAAGUCUCACUGUGUCGUUCCCUUGGGUCAGACAAAGUCAGAAGUGUGUUCUGCUGAGUCACUCGGGAGGCAGGGAUCACAUCAUCCCCAUGCUGCAGCCCAACGCCCUUCGCCACAUCCGCCAGCGCCUCGCUCCGGCCAUGUUCCUGCUGCUCGACUUCGGCCGGUGCGUCCCUUUACUGUCUCCUCCUUCAAGUCUCACUGGGUCGUUCCCUUGGGUCAGACAAAGUCAGAAGUGUGUUCUGCUGAGUCACUCGGGAGGCAGGGAUCACAUCAUCCCCAUGCUGCAGCCCAACGCGCUUCGCCACAUUCGCCAGCGCCUCGCUCCGGCCAUGUUCCUGCUGCUCGACUUCGGCCGGUGCGUCCCUUUACUGUCUCCUCCUUCAAGUCUCACUGGAUCGUUCCCUUGGGUCAGACAAAGUCAGAAGUGUGUUCUGCUGAGUCACUCGGGAGGCAGGGAUCACAUCAUCCCCAUGCUGCAGCCCAACGCGCUUCGCCACAUCCGCCAGCGCCUCGCCCCGGCCAUGUUCCUGCUGCUCGACUUCGGCCGGUGCGUCCCUUUACUGUCUCCUCCUUCAAGUCUCACUGGGUCGUUCCCUUGGGUCAGACAAAGUCAGAAGUGUGUUCUGCUGAGUCACUCGGGAGGCAGGGAUCACAUCAUCCCCAUGCUGCAGCCCAACGCCCUUCGCCACAUCCGCCAGCGCCUCGCUCCGGCCAUGUUCCUGCUGCUCGACUUCGGCCGGUGCGUCCCUUUACUGUCUCCUCCUUCAAGUCUCACUGGGUCGUUCCCUUGGGUCAGACAAAGUCAGAAGUGUGUUCUGCUGAGUCACUCGGGAGGCAGGGAUCUCAUCAUCCCCAUGCUGCAGCCCAACGCGCUUCGCCACAUUCGCCAGCGCCUCGCUCCGGCCAUGUUCCUGCUGCUCGACUUCGGCCGGUGCGUCCCUUUACUGUCUCCUCCUUCAAGUCUCACUGGGUCGUUCCCUUGGGUCAGACAAAGUCAGAAGUGUGUUCUGCUGAGUCACUCGGGAGGCAGGGAUCACAUCAUCCCCAUGCUGCAGCCCAACGCCCUUCGCCACAUCCGCCAGCGCCUCGCUCCGGCCAUGUUCCUGCUGCUCGACUUCGGCCGGUGCGUCCCUUUACUGUCUCCUCCUUCAAGUCUCACUGGGUCGUUCCCUUGGGUCAGACAAAGUCAGAAGUGUGUUCUGCUGAGUCACUCGGGAGGCAGGGAUCUCAUCAUCCCCAUGCUGCAGCCCAACGCGCUUCGCCACAUUCGCCAGCGCCUCGCUCCGGCCAUGUUCCUGCUGCUCGACUUCGGCCGGUGCGUCCCUUUACUGUCUCCUCCUUCAAGUCUCACUGGGUCGUUCCCUUGGGUCAGACAAAGUCAGAAGUGUGUUCUGCUGAGUCACUCGGGAGGCAGGGAUCACAUCAUCCCCAUGCUGCAGCCCAACGCGCUUCGCCACAUUCGCCAGCGCCUCGCCCCGGCCAUGUUCCUGCUGCUCGACUUUGGCCGGUGCGCCCAAGGCGUGGCCUGGCUGAGCAAGGACAUAGUGGUCCCGUACAACCAUAUAGCACCGCCUUACACGGAGCCUGCGUUCUCUUGUGCUGCCACACAAACCCAUUCCCCCAAUGCAGCCCGGCUGAGCAAGGACAUAGUGGUCCCCUACAACCACAUAGCGCCGCCUUACACGGAGCCUGCGAGCUAUGGGGAGGCGCAGGGGCCAUGGGAGGCGCGAACCACACUGCUGUUCUUCCAAGGGACCAUCAUGCGGAAGGAUGUGAGUGUGAGGGCGGUGAGAGGGAGCAUGUUGAAUGGGGCUGUAUGGAUGGGGAAAGGGUGUGGCAUAGGAAGAGUUUGCGAGCAGGAGGGGUACAUCCGCAAGCUCAUCUUUGACAUGUAUCACAAGGAGCCGGACGUGAGGUUCGUUGAGAGCAAGAUCACCGGUCCGCAAGACAUCAUCUCGGCAGCAGAGGGGCUGCAAAACUCGCGCUUCUGUCUGAAUGCAGCGGGGGACACCCCUUCGUCUGCUCGCCUCUUUGACGCCAUCGUCAGCCACUGCGUGCCCGUGGUGAUCAGCAACAAGAUCGAGCUGCCCUUUGAGACGUCCAUUGAUUAUUCCGACUUCACGCUCUUUGUCUCCCAUGAGGACGCCCUGCGCCAGGGCUACCUGCUGCGCCUGCUGCGCGCAUUCCCCAGGGAGAGGUGGCUGCGCAUGUGGCAGAACCUGCAGCACGUGAAGCACCACUUUGAAUUCCAGUACCCAUCGCAACCAGGUGACGCAGUCAGCAUGGUGUGGAGGGAAAUCCGCAAGAAGCUUCCUCGCGUGCGGUUGGCAAUCCACCGGGGGAAGCGGCUAGUGGUGCGCGAUUGGACCAAUGUGUGA